AAACCCCUACCACUUAAUCCCGACCACACCAUCCCCCCGAUUUAAAUCCACUCCACGGCCGCUCAUCGCUCCAGCGCUGCUCCGUCCUCCACGGCCACCCGCGUCUCUGCUCCGGCCACUGAAGCAGAACAAGCUGCCGCCUUGUGCUCGCUAGCAGCGAGAGCCGGACUCGGCUGGGCCAGUCAGCAGUCACGCAGUCCGUCAGCCCCGGCUCGUGCGUGGAUGUGUAGUAAGAAGCAGUCGUAGUAAGAAGGAGCUCCGGAGGAAGCCCAGCAGCAUCCGCGCAGCUCCCACACCGGCGCACCGGACCCGGAGCGAGGACUCGAAUCCGCAGCCCACUAUCAGGCAGGGAAAGCCACUUGGCUGGUGCCACACUUGCUACAGUUGCCGAGUUAAAACAGUUGCCAUGGGGAAACAGAACAGCAAGCUGCGACCCGAGAUGCUCCAGGACCUCCGGGAGAAUACAGAGUUCUCUGACCACGAGCUGCAGGAAUGGUACAAGGGAUUCUUAAAGGACUGCCCAAGUGGAACCUUAAAUGUGGAGGAGUUCAAAAAGAUAUACGCCAAUUUCUUCCCGUACGGUGACGCCUCGAAGUUUGCCGAACAUGUCUUCCGGACAUUUGACACCAACGGCGACGGCACAAUAGACUUCCGGGAGUUCAUCAUCGCCUUGAGUGUGACGUCCCGGGGGAAGUUGGAGCAGAAGCUAAAAUGGGCCUUCAGCAUGUACGACCUGGAUGGAAAUGGCUACAUCAGCCGAGAGGAGAUGCUGGAGAUCGUACAGGCCAUAUACAAGAUGGUGUCAUCCGUAAUGAAGAUGCCAGAGGAUGAAUCCACGCCGGAGAAGAGGACGGAUAAGAUCUUCCGACAAAUGGACCUCAAUAAUGAUGGAAAACUGUCUCUGGAGGAGUUCAUCAAAGGUGCCAAAAGUGACCCCUCCAUCGUGCGGCUACUCCAGUGUGACCCCAGCUCGGCCUCUCAGUUCUGAGCCCCCCACCUCUCCUGGCAUCAAUACCUUCCUCUCUCGGUCCAUUUUGAAUUAAUGCAUGAUUGUUUUUUUGUCGAGUUUUGGUUUGUGUGGGUGUGUGGGUGUGGGUGUGUGCGUGCGUGCGCCUGGUUUUGGGAAUGACUUCAGGAGAGCGAUGAGGAUUAGGUCAAAGGCAGCAUCCAAUAAUGUGACAAAGUCUGUGUUUUCUCUUCUUUCUGAUGAGCAUUUCGUCAACACUCAUGUAUAUCAUGUAUAUACUGUAUGUCUAUGUAUAUCAGAAGAUUCAGUACGUUUGUUUUUCAUUGAUGCUGGCGACUAAGCGGCACUGAAUGGCAGUAUUAUGUAGCGCAGCCUCCUGGCGUGACGACGGAGGCAACAGGAGUUGUGAAGUAAUAACUCUCUAAGACCCUUUUUCAAAUGAUUUACUUGCAAUUUUGUUGGUUUUUACAUUAUGGAGGUUCGUUUGUAUAUAAUAUUCCUUUACGGCGCGAUAUCACAUUAUUGAAUGAUUUAUAUUCUCUUUGUUGUUAUUUUGUGAAAUAUCAAUGACAACCAUGUCAAGUUUACAAAGACGGAGCGAGUCGAGGGAAUGAGCUUUCAGUGGGGAGUGAGAGGUCUCAUCCCGAUCAAAGUGUUGUUUCUAAAGUACGGCAGCGCUGGGUGUGUGUGUGCAUGCACGGUCCGCUCGGAGCAAACUUUUGCAGUAUUAUCACGUUGUGUUGUUUCUUAAAACUGUAGGUAUCACAUGCAGCCAAUCAUGUAAACAAGCCGGUCUUCACUCCCGCUGUGAUGAGUCGAGCGAGGUCGCUCCCGCGAGCAGGAAAGGCUCAUUUCUUUCAAACUGUGCUCUCCGUUGAGCCCAAAUCCGUGUUAAUGAGCGCUUCACCUUUGCUCUGAUGAUCAUCAUCCUGACGCUCCAAACUGCGCUAAGAUGCUGAUUAAACCUGGUGAUGACUGCAGAGUUGCUCAUGCACUUGACCGAUUCCAAAUGGGAAAAUCUUAGGCCUCCGCCAGGGCGCAAAUUCACACUGACAUAGAAAUGUUAAUGCUUUAUUUUAGCAAUGUAAUUCAAUACUUUUUCAUCAUUUGAAAUCCCAUGGAUAGCAGCUCUCUCCCCACCACACCAUCCUCAUGGUGACCUGCAACACCACCAAAUUGUAACACUUGGUUCUUUGGACCAUGAUCAACAUGUCUUCAAAAGGAAAAUCUGUUCACGAUGAUCAAACAAUCCCCUUGGCGGAGGUAAACAUAUGAAGCUAGUACUCUCAAAUCAAAGGCAUAAUGCAGGUGUGUAGGUCAAUGAAUCCCUGCUAUUUAUUCUGCUGAGGACAAACAGGCUGAUAGUUUGUGCUGUUUUUUUUCUGUUCAACUAGGAGUUAAAACAUGUUUAUAUGUUUAGCUGCAUCUCUAAUGUUUAUUCUGAAAAAGCACCAAAUGAAUAGUUGUAACUUUCACUGUACUGCAUGAUCCCACCAAGCAAGAGUCUUAAAAAGCUGUAAGUGCACAGCGGUGUCUCUCUGUAGCUCUACAGCUUCCUCGGCUUGUCACCAGAGACACAGCGAUUGGAUUCUUCUUCUCUUUCUUGUUUAUUUGGACUCCUCUCUGCUCCACCUUCCCCUCUGCUUUUCUUCUCCUCUGAUAGACAGAGAACUCACUAAGGGCUCGUUCAUCACGCUGAAUGCUUUUUAUAUCCUCCUGGAAGAGUCUGCUGAUGGAGCAGGUAGAUGAUGGGUUCUGUUUCUCCAGGUGUUCCACAGGCGGCGCCACAUUAGGACUCACGAUCAGGUAUAAAGGCAUUCUGUCAGGUGAAAUUUGUUCACAUCAAAAUAUCCUCCAGAAACGUAAAAUAUGUAUGGAGGUUAUAUUGUCUGACAUUUUCAACCCAGUAUGGGGAUGAGCAGAUAGUAGAUUCAAUAUCAAAUGCACUAUUCAGGCCAGAAAAAUCGGGGGUUGUCCGGUAUAAUACUUCUGUCACUCAUCACUUAAAAUCCGGUGGGAAUUAAUUAACUAAAAAAAAAACAUACUCACAGUUACCAAUAAAUAAUAUACUUACAGGAAUAUAUUUACAAGAUCAUUUGGUUCUAUAAUAUUAAUUCAGACUCAGAAAAAAAUGCUUAGUUGUGUUAAAAAAAAGGUAGGUUAUUAAAAAAGAAAGUAAAGAAAUGCAAAAUUAAAACAAUGAAAUAAAAUUCGCAAGGGAGAAUAAUUAUCCAAAAACCGUGACUCUGCUAUUUGUGAAAACAGCCCAACUCUAUGACUUAACAUCCAGUGACCAGUGGAAAAUGCCUUUUCUGGCUCUGAAGUGCUGAUAAUAAUUUAAUGACUUCAGCACUGAGUCACAAGCCCCUUCAUGCUCGCUCAAACCCAUGUGGUUUGUGGUGCAGUGCAUGUGUCAGAUUCAGAAAACGCUUGAAGCUAUGUGUGUCUCGGAUGGAUUGAGUGUUGGCUUUAUUAAACUGAGUACUUCAGAAGAGAGGUAGCCAGAAAGUCAGAGAAGAUGAUCACGUUCAUCUGAUGUAAAGUGGCGUGAUCCAAACUGACAUUGGGACAAAAAAAAUGCUAUAUUUUCGUCCUGAGUAGUUUUUAUUAUUAUUAUUAUUGAUAAGUGUAUUUGUAUUUGGACAAAACAAUUCAAAUGAAAUAUGAAAUAAAUUACAUUCAUGAACAAGUUAGUUGUAUACCAUAAUAAUAUUGCAUCAGAUAGUGCUUUCAUAUUUUUGACUGGGACAAAAAAAAAAAGGCUGUAAACGCGAAAGACACAAGUCUGAUUUAAUCCUUGCGAGACUCGACUGAGAUCCUAAGGUGCCGCUGCCACCUGCUGGUCAACAAGAGAAAGCACUAUACACUCCAACCCUUUUCUAUCCCGCCUGACAGAAUCCCCCUGUUGUGACGGUAGUACAUCACUCUUGCCCGCUCCCUUCCCUUUUUCUGCCUAUUUUUUCUGUUGCAUGAAAACCUCACAAGAGGAUGUCAUGUUUGUCCGGUUGGAUAUGGAAUCUAAUAUAUAAAAUAUGUGUUUCAAAA